AUGUUUUCUCGAGCCGUAACAAGAUCCUGUGCUCGGGUCCGGCCGGCUCUGGGUCGUUCCAGGAGAGCGAUCGGAAGCAGUCAGCCAGCAGCAAAACGGCGUUAUUCCAGCACAGCAAGCGCGGCCCCUGCGAGCAGCGCUGUGGCAGCCCCAGCUGUCCUGGCGCCUUUUGUCAGUGAACUCGACAAGAUUGCGCCUUCUUUCCAGAUCAAUGGCUCGCAGAUUGAGAUCAUAAAGACGCCAUCCGACUUUUACGAGACUUUAAAGGCGAAAAUACGCACAGCCAAGAAAAGGAUAUUUCUAUCUACUCUUUACAUAGGAAAGUCAGAGAAAGAACUGAUUGCGACGAUACAUUCCGCACUUCUGAACAACCCAGACCUGCAGGUCAGCAUUCUGACCGAUGCUCUGCGCGGGACCAGAGAGGCUCCUCAGCCAUCGUGUGCUUCACUGCUGGCACCCCUGGUGGCUGAGUUUGGCUCACAACGGGUCGAGAUCCGCAUGUACCACACCCCCAACUUGACUGGGCUUAGGAAGAAGCACAUCCCGAAGAGAAUCAAUGAGGGCUGGGGCCUGCAGCACAUGAAGCUCUAUGGCAUAGACGACGAGAUCAUACUUUCUGGAGCAAACUUAUCCUCGGACUACUUCACGAAGCGUCAAGACCGCUACCAUGUCUUCUCCGCCAAAGAGGUGACCGACUACUUUUAUCAGAUAUAUAGGGGUGUUGCGUCCCUCAGUUUCCUUGUGGGCCCAGCACCACAGGAGGCCGCAGGCUUUGUCCUAGACUGGCCGGCAGACAAUGCUGCACCAUCGCCACUGGAGAAGCCAUCAGAGUACAUCUCGAAAUCCACAGCGCUGAUGAGCGGCUUGAUCGCGCCAAAGACUUCACCCAGCACACUAAACUCAAGUGAUCCGAAGUCCGACACAACGGUCUACAUGGUCUCACAGCUCUCGCAGCUGCUCAAACCUGAUACGUCGACUGAGCUACCCGCCAUCACUCACAUCCUCAAAACCCUCGCGAGCCCGCAAUACUCAGGCUCCUCCUGGACAUUCACAGCCGGCUACUUCAACCCGGCGCCGUCACUAACAAAGCUCCUGCUGUCUACCGCCUCCAAGAAUAACGUCGUCAUCACAGCUUCUCCUUGGGCGAACGGGUUCUACCAGUCCAAGGGCGUCUCCGGCAUGUUGCCCGACGCGUACACCUACCUUGCGGGCCGCUUCCUGCGGCGCGCGCACGAGAUGAGGCGCGACACAGACAUCACCCUGAAAGAGUGGCGCAAGGGCACCGUGAACGAGCCCGAAGGGUGGACGUACCACGCCAAGGGGCUCUGGGUCACGCUCCCGCAGGAGCAGAACCCGUUCAUGACCAUCGUGGGCAGCUCGAACUACACGAAGCGCAGCUACUCGCACGACCUCGAGGCCGGCGCGCUGAUUGUCACGCGCGACGAGGACCUCAAGAGGCGGCUGGGCGACGAGCAGCGGUGGCUGCAGGAAUAUGCGACGUCGGUCACGCGCGACGACUUUGCCACGAACGAGCGCAGGGUCAGCUUCAAGGUCCGCGUGGCCAUGUUCAUCGUGAGCCUUGUCGGCGGCGCCUUGUGA